UCUCAUUUGACUUCAAAAAAUAGUAAUCAACUCAAUUGUAAAGUCCGACUUUUUUUUUCUUCAAGAGAAAGUGAGAAAUAGAACGCCUGUAUUCAGUUGAUACCAUAUGUACAGUAGAACAAUCUUAUACCACAGCAGCCAACCAUUUAGGCAAAUAAAACGAUAUUACGGUUUCUUUACUCCAUUCUUUAUACACAAGAAAAAUACUGUAGAAGAAUAUGAAUCAUAUAGUCUAAAGACCAGCCAAGACACUAAAUCUCACAUACUGCCUCCUGUGCGUACAAAGAUGCUCGUCAGAGACUUUAUUGAUGACUCACUUUACAACCCACAAUAUGGCUUUUUCUCAAAGAAACCAGCUUGGGUGACCAGUUCAAAAGAAUACAAAAAGGAUGAAGAUUAUGUCGAUUCGAUGAGUAGUUUUGCUCGAACGCAUGGAGCAGCUCAUCCUCAUUAUGGGCAUUCUCACACUGAACUAUUUCAACCUUGGUUUGGACGUGCAGUUGCAAAGUAUAUGGUAACAGAGUACAAAUUGACUCUAUAUCCACAUAGAGAUCUCGUCAUUUAUGAAAUGAACGGAGGCAAUGGACGACUGAUGCCUUAUAUCCUUGAUUACAUACGACAAUAUGAACCCUCUGUCUAUCAAAGAACUCAAUAUAACCUGAUCGAACCCACGUUUAUGUCUACCGCUCGCGAGCCCUUGCCCCAGCAUGACUGCCCCAUCGCACGGUUUGACCAAAGCAUCUUUGAUUGGAAUAGGGUAGUGACUGAGCAGUGCUUUGUAUUAGGCUUAGAAGUGAUGACACGGCUUGGGCAUGACAUGAUUCAAUCCAGAGACAACACGCAGUAUCAGGGCCUUGUCUGUAUCGACAGUCAGGGUCAUCAUCAUCAAUUGUUUGAACCCGUCGGCAACGAUCCAUUGAUCAACCGAUACCUGACGUUUAGAAAGAAAUUGAAGACACCUAGUUCAGAUCGGGCCUGGCGCCAGUUUCGGCUGUCUCUAGCUAAUUCAUAUGAAUUUAUACCUACCAGACUAUUUCAACUGCUAGAUAUCUUGAGGACAUACUUUCCUGGACAUCGACUCAUCCUUACAGACUACUCUCACUUGCCUUAUACCAUCGAAGGUAUCAAUGCGCCCAUGGUACAGACUUGUUACAAAGACCGAAUGGUGCGGUGUAAAACGUUCAGACUACCUCCUGGCUGGUACGAUAUCAUGUUUCCAAUCAAUUUUGAACUUGUCAAAGAAAUGUACUUGCUCAUGUCCCAUAAGAAUGUCAAGCUUUUAUCGUAUGAAGACUUUGUCGAACGUUAUGAAAGGACAAAAAAGCGCUCGUCUAAUGUCAAGAUUCUCCUUACGUGACGUGUGUGAGAAGGGUGGGAAUCUUUUUAAAAUUUGAUGGUGCACAUUGUACAUAAUGUAACCGUGGGAAAGCAGUAAAUAAGUUACAUAUAAAAAGGACUUAUC